CACCGAUUCUUUUUUCGCGCCCUAUUCUGUGAAAUCUUCCCUUCAGCCACUCUCUUUAAUACCCCUCAUCGUUUACGUUAAUAUGCCCCGAGAUCCUCUUGUUGGUUUAGUCGGAAAACCCUCCUCUGGGAAAUCUACAACUUUAAAUAGUCUUACAGACGCCAGUUCAAAAGUUGGAAACUUUCCUUUCACCACAAUCGACCCUCAGCGCGCCAUUGGCUACCUACAAAUUCCUUGCGCAUGCGCUCGUUUCAAUGUGUCAGGCAGAUGUAAACCAAAUUAUGGUGCUUGCUUAGAUGGACUGCGUUCGGUACCAAUUGAACUUUUAGAUGUCGCAGGGCUUGUCCCUGGCGCGCAUGAAGGCAGGGGCCUGGGAAACAAGUUCUUAGACGAUCUCAGACAUGCAGAUGCCCUCAUUCACGUCGUGGACGUGAGUGGAACGACAGAUGCUGAAGGGAAGGCUACCCGUGGAUAUGAUCCCUCGCAGGAUGUUGCUUGGUUACGAUCUGAGAUUGUGCGGUGGAUUCAAGGCAAUUUGAUGCAAAAAUGGGGUUCAAUAAAACGGCGACAUGUCGCCAUUAAGGCAAACGCUGUAGAGACGCUACAAGGCCAGUUUUCUGGUUAUGGCAGUACUUCACAGACUAUUGCCCGCGUUUUGGACAAGCUUGGCUUGAAGGAGCCGCUAGAGCAUUGGUCCGAUGAAACUAUAGAGCAAGUUGUGAAUACGUUCACAGAUGAAAAAUUCCCGACAGUCCUCGCAUUGAACAAGAUUGACCAUCCAGAUGCAGACAAGAACGUCAGCAAAAUCGCGAAGAUGCAAGAUCCAAAAUCAAUAGUUUUAUGCUCUGCUAUCUCCGAGGUCUUUUUGCGCAGACUUGCGAAGCAGAAUUUUGUGAAAUAUACCGAAGGUAGCGAAUUUGUUGACACUAGAGAAGAUCUAAUCGAGAUGGGUGACCCUACUGGGGGUGGGCUGAAAGAAAUGGAUGAAAAAUUAAAACAACGAAUCGAAAAUCUCAAGGAUAUGGUGCUGUAUCGCUUUGGGUCCACGGGUGUUGUGCAAGUGCUCUCGCGAGCAUCAGAAUUACUUGGAUUGGUCCCCGUUUUCCCCGUGAGAAACGUGCAUACAUUUGCUUCAGGAACGGCAGGCUCAAAUGCCGUUUUCCGGGAUUGUGUUCUAGUCAAAAAAAACUCCACCGUCAAAGAUGUGGCGCGAAAAGUUAUGGGCGAUGCACCCAUUGCUUACACCGAAGGAUCAGGAGGCACAAGGGUCGGAGAAGAUGAUAUUGUCGCGGUCGGAAAAAAUGAUAUAUUGUCUUUUAAAGUCGGAAAAGUUUGAGCUCUUAAACAGACCCCUAAAGAUUAUGCGUUUCUUUGAGAUAGACCAUACUAUACAGCAUAAACUGCAUCUUGUCGGUAUUUGUACAAAUUUGAGAGAGUUUGUCCAUUUUCUUCUCAAUGUCUCUGUUCUUUGUUUGCAAGUUCUUGGACCCUAGCACGGCGAUCUUGAUCGGCUAAUGGCCUUUCUAUGGAAGCAUAAGCAUCAAAUAUAGAUGAGAUUUAAAUAGGACACGAAGUUGGACAUACGGUGCCUCUCUCAUCAUUCAUACCAAUCACAGGCUCUGGAGCUUUUGGAUGUUCCUCCUUGGCCCU